CCAGCGCUGCUGCUUCAAAUUCGGCGUACAGGUGAGCUGCAAGGUUUUCGAAAAGAUGGCGGCGGCGGCUAAAACUGUUAAGGAUGUGUCUUCUCACGAGUUCGUCAAAUCUUACGCCGCUCACCUCAAGCGGUCCGGCAAGAUGGAGCUUCCGGAGUGGACUGACAUAGUGAAAACUGGUGUCCUCAAAGAGCUUGCUCCUUAUGAUCCCGACUGGUACUACAUCAGGGCCGCUUCCAUGGCCAGGAAGAUAUACCUCAGGGGAGGUAUUGGAGUUGGCUCCUUCAGGAGAAUAUAUGGUGGCAGCAAGGGGAAUGGAAGUCGCCCACGUCACUUUGGCAAGGGUUCUGUUGCUCGUCACAUCCUUCAGCAGUUGGAGAAGAUGAACAUCAUUGAGAUGGAACCAAGGGGUGGAAGAAGAAUCACAUCCAAUGGCAGGAGGGAUCUUGAUCAAGUUUCUGGGAGAAUCGUUGUUGUUGCACCUUGAGUUGGGCUUGCUUCUUUAGCUUGUGCGGUUUGUUCUCAAAGUAAAAAAAGAUGGUUCCACCAUGAUUUUGGGUUGAAAUAGAAAUCUUUCCAUGUUUGAUCAAAUUUUGGUUCCUGCUUAUCUUUUCUGGAUUUUUGUUAAGUGAUAUUUAAACGUGGUUUAAUUUCUUUCCAGUUUCUGAGGUAUCUUAGUGGACACUGUACUUCUUUUUGUGGAAUUUGUCUUGUCUUUGUUUUUAAUUUAACAUAAUGAAUAAUUUUAAUUCUGGUA